AUGUUUAGGAACGGUGAUUACUGCACUUCAAAUCCUCCAGAGGUCCGCAAGGCCCUGAGAACCUACGGCUUGACCCCCCCAACCACCGAGAGCCAUGAGGUCCAGGCCAGGAGAUGUCUUCAGCUCCUCAAGAUGAAGCCCACGAAUCUGGAGAAGUUCCAAUACCUGGUCCACCUCAAGGCCACCAACGUCCAUCUCUUUUACCGUCUGCUUGCCGACAACAUCAAGCAACUGACUCCACUCAUCUACACCCCCACCGUCGGCGAGGCCUGCCAACGAUGGCACGAGAUCUUCACCCAGCCCGAGGGCAUGUACCUUUCCUACCACGACCGUGGCCACAUUCGUGAAAUCCUCGACAACUGGCCUCAUCAGGUCCAGAUCACCGUCCUCACAGAUGGCUCACGCAUUCUCGGACUGGGCGACCUGGGCGUGAAUGGCAUGGGAAUUCCCGUCGGCAAGCUGGCCCUGUACACUGCAUGUGCAGGAAUCAGGCCAGAUGCGACGCUCCCCCUGACCAUUGACCUCGGCACCAGCAACGAGAAGCUGCGGAAUGACCCACUCUACUUUGGCUCCAGAACACCAAAGGUGUCUCCUGAGCAGGAAAUCGAGUUCCUCGAUGAGCUCAUGGAAGCUCUCACGGACAAGUGGCCUGGCAUCGUGAUCCAGUUCGAAGACUUCAAGAACCCCUUCCCCUCCCUCGCGAGAUACAAGGACACCUAUACCAUGUUUAACGAUGAUGUCCAAGGCACGGGCGCCGUCGUCACCGCUGGCAUCAUCAACGCUGUGCGCCAUUCUGGCGUCCCCGCCAAGGACCACAGGGCCGUCUUCUACGGAGCCGGCAGCGCCGGAGUGGGUGUUGCCAAGCAGAUAGUCGAAUACUUUAUAAAAGAGGGUCUGACGGAAGAGGAAGCCAAGCGCAAGUUCUGGUUCGUCGACUCGCAAGGCCUUGUCACCAAGGAUCGUGGUGACAGGCUCGCCGAGCACAAGGUCUACUUUGCCCGCGACGACAACAAGGGCCGCCAGUACCAGUCUCUGGCGCGUAUCAUCGAUUUGGUGAGACCGACGAUUCUCAUGGGGCUGUCUACCAGUGGCGGUGCCUUCACUCCUCAGAUCCUCACGAGGAUGGGCGAGCUGAAUGACAAGCCCAUCAUUUUCCCUCUGUCCAACCCCUUGACCGCAUCCGAGUGCACCUUUGAGGAUGCGGUCCGGAGCACCGAAGGCCGUUGCCUCUUCGCCUCGGGUUCACCGAUGGAUUCGAUUGAGUACGGCGGUAAGCUCCUUACUCCGGGCCAAGGUAACAACAUGUACGUGUUCCCUGGCAUUGGUCUGGGUGCCAUCAUCUCCAAGGCCACGUCCGUCACCCAGGAUAUGAUCUAUGCGUCAGCCGAAUCCCUGGCCACCUCGCUCAACGAGCAGGAGAAGGCGGAUGGCUGGCUGUAUCCUGCAAUCAACCGCAUCCGUGAGGUGUCCGUUACCGUGACCCGCGGCGUUAUCCGGGCCGCGCAGAAGAAUGGCGUUGAUCGCGCCACCGAACUCAGGGCGUACUCCGAUGAAGAGCUGGACGACUACAUCAAGAAGCGCAUGUACGACCCGUUUGACGCACAUAAGCACCUCAGGGAGGAGGUGUCGCAGCUUCUCGCCAAUGCCUCCGGCCACCCCAGCGGUCGCGUUAACGGCGUGGCUGCCAAGAUUAAUGGUCUUGUGCACGGCGUCAACGCUGCUCACUUGUGA